AUGUCCUCACAUUUUCUUUGGAGUUUGGUUACUUUUUUGACAUUUGCUGAAUUGGAUGGUGAAGGUGGAGGACUUGAGCUGCAGCGACAAAAAAGAAACAUGGAUUUCCAACAGCCUCGUAUGGCUACAGAGAGGGGAAAUUUAGUGUUUCUUACGGGGUCUGCUCAAGACAUUGAAUUUAGAACUGGAUCCCUGGGAAAAAUUAAAUUAAAUGACGAAGACCUCGGCGAAUGUUUACAUCAGAUCCAGAAUAACAAAGAUGAUAUUAUAGAUUUAAAAAGGAAUACAACUGGUCUGUCUCAAAAUAUAUCUAAUCAGAUCUAUCAGCUUAAUUCCAAGCUUGUGGAUCUUGACAAAAAAUUUCAAAGCUUACAGCAGACAGUUGACAAAAAAGUCUGCAGCAGCAAUCCCUGUCAGAAUGGUGGAACCUGCCUCAAUCUGCAUGAUUCCUUUUACUGUAUCUGUCCCUCACAGUGGAAGGGUCCUCUCUGCUCAGUUGAUGUUAAUGAGUGUGAGAUUUACUCAGGAACACCCUUGAGCUGCCAGAAUGGAGCCACAUGUGUGAAUACAGUGGGAAGUUACAGUUGUCUCUGCUCACCUGAGACAUAUGGACCUCAGUGUGCUUCCAAAUACAAUGACUGUGAAGGGGGCUCUAAUGCACGCUGUGUCCAUGGCAUCUGUGAGGAUUUAGUCCGAGAACAAGCUGGAGAGCCCAAGUACAACUGCCUCUGCAAUCCUGGGUGGACGUCCCCACUGAACAGCUCUGCCUGUGUGCUGGACAUAGAUGAGUGUAGCCUCUGGCCCGCACCUUGUUCCACACAUGCGCAGUGCUUCAACACUCCAGGAUCUUUCUAUUGUGGGGCAUGUGCCACAGGCUGGCAGGGAAAUGGAUACAUUUGUGAAGAUAUCGAUGAAUGUGCAAUAAAUAAUGGAGGCUGUUCUGUGGCUCCACUUGUCGAGUGUGAGAAUACUCUCGGAUCUUACCACUGUCAGUCCUGUCCACCAGGGUACCAGGGCGAUGGAAGAGUGUGCACACUCACAGACAUCUGCUCGGUCAACAACGGGGGCUGCCACACGGAAGCAACAUGCUCCUCAGCUCUAGGUUCCUUACCUCUCUGCACCUGUCACCCAGGAUAUACUGGAAAUGGAUAUGGGCCAAAUGGAUGUGUACAACUCAGCGAUAUUUGCCAAAGUCACCCCUGUUUAAAUGGACAAUGCAUCCCAACAGUCUCUAGCUAUUUCUGUAAGUGUGAAUCAGGUUGGGCUGGUGUCAACUGCACAGAAAACAUCAACGAGUGUUUGAGCAACCCCUGUUUGAAUGGGGGAACUUGUGUUGAUGGCAUUAAUGCCUUCAGUUGUGAAUGCACACGUUUCUGGACUGGAGCCUUUUGUCAGAUUCCUCAGCAAGUUUGUGGAGAGUCCCUCUCAGGGAUCAAUGGAAGCUUCAGCUAUAUGAGUCCCGAUGUUGGUUUCGUCCAUGACGUUAACUGCUUCUGGGUUAUCCGAACUGAAGAGGGAAAGGUCCUGCGUAUCACUUUCACUUUUUUCCAAUUAGAAUCAGUGAGCGAUUGUCCACAUGAGUUUCUUCAGAUUCACGACGGAGAUUCCUCUGCAGCUUUUCAACUUGGAAGAUUCUGUGGCUCCGUACUCCCUCCAGAACUUCUCAGCAGUGGCAAUGCUCUCUAUUUUCAUCUCUAUUCUGAACAUUUAAGAAGUGAGAGAGGCUUUACAGUAAGAUGGGAGACAGAGGAACCAGAGUGUGGAGGUAUACUGACUGGUACUUAUGGUUCUAUUAAGUCUCCGGGGUAUCCUGGAAACUACCCCCCAGGAAGAGAUUGUGUCUGGAAUGUGGUAACCAGUCCUGGCCUCCUGAUAACAUUUACUUUUGGGACCUUGAGCCUGGAGCACCAUGAUAAUUGCAGCAAUGAUUAUCUUGAGAUUCGAGAUGGUCCUUUGCAGCAGGACCCCGUUCUUGGAAAAUUCUGCACCACUCUCUCUGUUCCGCCACUCCAGACUUCGGGUCCCUUUGCCAGAAUUCAUUUCCAUUCUGACACCCAGAUUAGUGACCAAGGCUUCCAUAUCACCUACUUAACAUCACCUUCGGAUCUGCAUUGUGGAGGGAACCACACAGACCCAGAGGGUGAGCUCCUCCUUUCUGGCUUGCCUGGGCCUCUCACGGGCAACAGGCAGUGCAUCUACAUUAUAGACCAGCCUCAGGGAGAACAAAUACAAGUCAACUUCACCCAUGUGGAGCUGGAAGGCCAGAGUGGCUGCUCUCAGAGUUACAUUGAGGUUCGAGAUUAUCAAACCUUACUUGGGAAAGUCUGUGGCAACGAAACUCUCUCUCACUUUAAAUCCAUUACUAACGUUAUCUGGAUAAGGCUUAAAAUGGAUGCUUAUGUUGAAAAAGCUAGUUUCAGAGCUGUUUAUCAAGUCGCUUGUGGGGGUGAAUUAACUGGAGAAGGGGUCAUUCGCUCACCUUUUUAUCCAAAUGUGUAUCCUGGAGAAAGGAUCUGUACAUGGACCAUCCACCAACCCCAAGGCCAAGUAGUUCUUCUCAACUUCACUGGCUUUGAAAUUGGAAGUUCUAUUCACUGUGGUACAGAUUAUAUCGAGAUUGGUAGCAGUUCCAUUUUGGGUUCUUCUGACAAUAAAAAGUACUGUGGCGAAGACAUACCUUCAUCUAUAACAUCUGUGUACAAUUUCCUUUAUGUCACAUUUGUGAAAAGUUCAUCUAGUGAAAAUCAUGGUUUCAUGGCUAAGUUCAGUCCUGAGGAUUUGGCCUGUGGAAAAAUUCUUACAGAGUCAACAGGAACCAUUCAAACUCCAGGCCAUCCAAAUAUCUACCCCCACGGUAUCAACUGUACCUGGCAUAUAUUAGUCCAACCUGGCCACCUGAUUCAUUUGGAGUUUGAAACAUUUCAUCUGGAGUUUCACUAUAAUUGCACAGAUGACUACCUGGAAAUUUAUGACACUGACUCUGGGACAUCUCUUGGGAGAUACUGUGGAAAAUCGAUCCCGCCUUCUCUGACCAGCAGUGCUAACUCAUUAAUGCUGGUAUUUGUGGCUGACUCUGACCUUGCUUAUGAAGGCUUUUCAAUAAACUAUAAAGCAAUUGAUGCAUCAACAGCAUGCUUCGAAGACUACACAGAUGAAUCUGGGACAUUCACGUCUCCAAACUUUCCCAAUAAUUACCCCGACAACUAUGAGUGCAUUUAUAGGAUCACAGUGGAAACCACCCAGCAGAUUGCACUGCAUUUCACAAACUUCUCUUUGGAGGAAGCCAUUAGUGGAAACUGUUUAGCAGAUUUUGUGGAAAUCAAAGAUGGAGGCUAUGAAAAAUCACCAACUCUGGGGAUAUACUGUGGCUCAAAUCUACCUCCAAGAAUCAUCUCUCACAGUAACAAACUAUGGUUAAGAUUUAAGAGUGACAUAAUUGACUCAAGUUCUGGAUUCUCAGCUUACUGGGAUGGGUCAUCUACAGGUUGCGGGGGCAAUCUCACCACUUCCAGAGGUGUAUUCAUAUCUCCCAACUACCCGAUGCCUUACUACCACAGCUCCGAGUGUUACUGGUGGUUGAAGUCCAGCCAUGGCAGCGUGUUUGAGCUGCAGUUCCAUGACUUCCACUUGGAGUAUCAUCCAAACUGCACUUUAGAUUAUCUGGCUGUAUAUGAUGGCCCAAGUACCCACUCUCAUCUGCUAACUCAGCUGUGUGGAGAUGAGACCCCACCUCUUAUCCGUUCUAGUGGAGACAGCAUGUAUUUAAAACUAAGGACAGAUGAAGGUCAGCAAGGACGUGGCUUCGAGGCAGAAUACUGGCAGACAUGUGAGAACGUGGUAAUAGUCAAUCAAACGUAUGGCAUUUUGGAGAGUAUAAAUUUUCCAAAUCCUUAUUCUGACAAUCAGCGUUGCAACUGGACAAUCCAAGCAACAACUGGCAACACUGUGAACUACACAUUUGUAGAAUUCGAAUUGGAAUAUUACACAAACUGCUCCACGGAUUAUUUAGAGCUUUAUGAUGGAGCACAGCGGAUGGGGCGCUACUGCGGAGAGGAGAGACCCCCUUCAGGGAGUACCACAGGCUCCAAGCUUCAAGUGCUGUUCCAUACUGAUGGGGUUGGUUACCACGAGAAAGGAUUUCAGAUGCAGUGGUUCAUUCACGGCUGUGGUGGGGAGUUGUCUGGAGCUUCUGGCUUCUUCAGCAGCCCCGGGUAUCCUAACGGGUAUCCACCCAACAGGGAGUGCAUCUGGUAUGUUACCACCACCCCUGGAAGUAGCAUCCAGCUCACCAUCUAUGACUUUGAUGUGGAGUAUCAUGCAAGAUGCAACUAUGACGUCCUGGAGGUCUAUGGAGGUCCUGAUUUCCACUCUCCCAGAAUGACCCAGUUGUGUGCCCAAAGAUCAUCUGAGAGCCCCAUGCAGGUCUCCAGCACUGGAAACAAGCUAGCAAUCCGAUUCAAGACCGACAGCUCUAUAAAUGGGAGAGGCUUCAAUGCCUCAUGGCAAGCAGUCCCUGGAGGUUGUGGUGGGAUUUUCCAGGCUCCCAAUGGAGAGAUUCAUUCUCCAAAUUACCCCAGCCCAUACAGGAGUAAUACAGACUGUUCCUGGGUCAUUCGAGUUGACAAAAAUCACCGUGUUCUCUUGAACUUCACUGACUUUGAUCUUGAGCCUGCAGACUCUUGUAUUAUGGCAUAUGAUGGCUUAACCUCCGCAACUAGUCGCCUUGCCAGUAUGUGUGGAAGACAGCAGCUGACUAACCCCAUCACCUCUUCGGGAAACAGCCUCUUUGUGAGGUUUCAGUCUGGCCCUUCCAGACAGAGCAGGGGCUUUCGAGCUCAGUUCAGGCAAGCCUGUGGUGGCCACAUCCUCACCAGCUCUUUUGAUACUAUUUCCUCUCCAUUGUUCCCUGCCAAGUAUCCAAACAAUCAGAACUGCAGCUGGAUAAUUCAAGCUCAACCUCCAUUCAAUCAUAUCACCCUCUCCUUUACUCACUUUGGACUUGAAAGCAGCACAUCGUGUACUCAUGACUUUUUAGAAAUUUUGGACGGCGACGACUAUGACGCACCCCUCCGAGGUCGUUACUGUGGCACCUCCAUGCCCCAUCCCAUCACAUCCUUCAGCACGGCCCUGACACUGAGGUUUGUCUCUGAUUCUUACGAAAAUUCUCAUGGUUUCCACGCUACAUAUGCUGCAUCAUCAUCAGCUUGUGGUGGUAACUUCCACAUGGCUGAAGGCAUCUUUGACAGCCCGGGCUACCCAGAAGUUUAUCCCCAUAACGUGGAAUGUGUCUGGAACAUUGUCAGUUCCCCUGGCAACCGGCUCCAGCUGUCUUUCAUAUCUUUCCAGCUGGAGGACUCUCCGGACUGUAGCAAAGACUUUGUGGAGAUACGGGAAGGAAACGCCACUGGUCACUUGGUGGGACAAUACUGUGGAAACGCUCUUCCUCACAAUUAUUCAUCCAUUGUUGGGCAUAUCCUGUGGAUCAGAUUUGUCUCUGAUGGCUCAGGCAGCGGUGUUGGCUUCCGGGCCACAUUUACUAAGAUAUUUGGCAAUGAUAAUAUUGUGGGAACUCAUGGGAAAAUCGCCUCUCCCUUCUGGCCUGGAAAUUACCCCCAUAACUCCAAUUACCAGUGGAUAGUAAAUGUGAAUGUAUCUCAAGUUAUCUAUGGUAGGAUCUUGGAGAUGGACAUUGAAGCAGCAUAUAACUGCUAUUAUGAUAAAUUAAGGAUUUAUGAUGGAGUUGGCAUUCAUUCCCGUCUAAUUGGAACUUAUUGUGGUACCCAGACUGAAUCUUUUACAUCCACUAGAAAUUCUUUGACAUUUCAGUUUUCUUCUGACUCUUCAAUCACAGGGAAGGGAUUCCUUCUGGAGUGGUUUGCAGUGGAUGCUCCUAUUGGACCUUUACCUACUAUUGCUACAGGUGCUUGUGGUGGGUUUCUGAGGACAGGAGAUGCUCCAGUCUUUCUUUUCUCCCCGGGCUGGCCUGAAGACUACAGUAAUAGGGUUGAGUGUACCUGGCUCAUCCAGGCUCCUGGUUCUACCGUGGAACUCAAUAUCCUUUCUCUGGACAUUGAACCUCACCGAACAUGUGGCUAUGACAACCUUGUGAUAAGAGAUGGAGACAAUGGCAUGGCCCCACAGCUAGCAGUUCUCUGUGGAAGAGAGGUUCCUGGGCCCAUCCGGUCUACUGGAGAGCACAUGUUCAUCCACUUUACCUCUGACCUCAGUGUGACCGGGGCGGGCUUCAACGCAUCCUUUCACAAGAGCUGUGGUGGAUAUUUGCAUGCAGACAGAGGGAUUAUCACAUCCCCCAAGUAUCCAGAGACCUACAUUCCCAACCUCAACUGCUCUUGGCACGUCCUGGUCCAGAGUGGCCUGACCAUUGCUGUCCAUUUUGAACAGCCCUUUGAGAUUCCAAAUGGAGAUUCUUCUUGCAACCAAGGAGAUUACUUGGUGCUAAAAAAUGGACCUGAUAUCUAUUCUCCACCCCUGGCACCCCAUGGAGGAAAUGGUCAUUUUUGUGGCAGUCAUCCUUCAUCAACUCUGUUCACCUCAGAUAAUCAAAUGUUUGUUCAAUUUAUCUCUGAUAAUAGUAAUGGAGGGCAAGGAUUUAAGAUCAAAUAUGAGGCCAAGAGUUUAGCCUGCGGGGGCAAUAUCUACAUCCAUGAUGCAGAUUCUGCUGGAUACGUGACCUCCCCCAACUACCCUGACAAUUACCCCCAGCACACUGAUUGCAUCUGGAUCAUAGCGGCUCCUCCAGGAAAGCUCAUAAGGCUGCAGUUUGAAGAUCAAUUCAAUAUUGAAGCAACACCCAACUGUACUUCCGAUUACCUCGAGUUGCGGAAUGGAGUUGAUUCAAAUGCACCAAUACUUUCCAAAUUUUGUGGGAUAUCUUUGCCCAGCAGUCAGUUGUCCUCAGGAGAAGUUAUGUAUUUGAGAUUCCGGUCUGACAACAGCCCCACUCACAUUGGAUUCAAGGCCAAGUAUUUUAUAGCCCAGUGUGGUGGAACAGUAACAGGACAAAGCGGUGUCAUUGAAAGCAUUGGACAUCCAACACAUCCCUAUAGAGACAAUUUAUUCUGCGAGUGGCAUCUCCAAGGUCUCUCAGGACACUAUCUCACCAUCCAUUUUGAAGAUUUUAACCUUCAGAAUUCCUCUGGGUGUGAAAAAGACUUUGUGGAGAUCUGGGAAAACCAUACCUCUGGAAAUUUCUUGGGCAGAUACUGUGGAAAUACCCUUCCUGACAGCAUAGACACUUCUAGCAAUGUUGCUUUGGUCAGGUUUGUCACAGAUGACUCUCUUACUGCCUUGGGAUUCAGACUGCGGUUUGAAUCUAGCAUGGAAGAGUGUGGUGGGGAUCUGCAGGGCCCUACAGGAACAUUUUCUUCUCCCAACUACCCAAACCCAAAUCCUCAUGGCCGGAUCUGCGAGUGGAGAAUCACCGUGCAGGAUGGAAGGCAGGUCACCCUAACUUUUAACAACCUGAGGCUGGAAGCUCAUCCAUCCUGUGACAAUGAGCAUGUGACAGUGUUCAAUGGCAUUAGAAGUAACUCACCCCAGCUAGAGAAACUGUGUAGUAGUGUGAAUGUAAGCAAUGAGAUAAAAUCUUCAGGAAACACAAUGAAAGUCAUUUUUUUCACUGAUGGAUCCAGGCAGUAUGGAGGCUUCAUUGCCACCUACACAUCUGAUGAAGAUGCAGUGUGUGGUGGGUCCCUUACAAAUGCCCCUGGAGGAAACUUUACUUCUCCUGGCUACAAUGGAAUCAGUAAUUACUCAAGAAACCUAAACUGUGAAUGGACUCUCAGCAAUCCAAAUCAGGGAAAUUCAUCCAUUUACAUCCGUUUUGAGGAUUUUUACCUAGAAAGUCACCAAGACUGUCAAUUUGAUGUCCUUGAGUUUCGAAUAGGUGAUGCUGAUGGGCCCCUGAUAUGGAGACUUUGUGGCCCUUCACAGCCUACAAUACCAUUGGUUAUACCUUAUCCUCAGGUCUGGAUACACUUUGUCACUAAUAAACAUGUAGAACAUGUUGGAUUUCAUGCAGAGUAUUCCUUUACAGAUUGUGGCGGAAUACAGGUGGGCGAGAGUGGAGUGAUUACAAGCCCCAACUAUCCAGACUCUUAUGACAGCUUGACCCACUGUUCUUGGUUGCUGGAAGCCCCACAAGGCCACACCAUCACUCUUAUAUUUAGUGACUUUGAUAUUGAAACCCAUACAACUUGUGCUUGGGACUCUGUCACUGUCAGGAAUGGUGGCUCCCCUGGAUCACCCAUAAUAGGACAAUACUGUGGAAAUUCAAACCCUAGGACAAUCCAGUCUGGUUCUAACCAGCUGGUGGUGAUUUUUAACUCAGACCACUCGGUGCAAAAUGGUGGAUUUUAUGCUACGUGGAGCACACAAACUUUAGGUUGUGGUGGAAUAUUUCAUUCAGAAAAUGGAACAAUCAGAUCCCCUCACUGGCCUCAGAAUUUUCCUGAAAACAGCAGAUGUUCCUGGACAGUCAUUACUCAUGAAAGUAAACACUUAGAGAUCAGCUUUGACAACAACUUCCUAAUCCCCAGUGGUGGUGGACAGUGUCAGAACAGCUUUGUGAAGGUGUGGGCAGGAACUGAGGAGGCUGACAGAGCCCUGUUAGCCAUGGGCUGUGGGAACGUGGCUCCUGGCUCCAUCAUCACGCCCAGCAACGCCUUCACCGCCGUCUUCCAGUCUCAGGAGACGCCAGCUCAGGGCUUCUCUGCAUCUUUUGUAAGCCGAUGUGGAGGUAAUUUCACUAGCCCUACAGGUUACAUCAUUUCUCCAAACUACCCAAAGCAAUAUGACAACAACAUGGAUUGCACCUAUGUCAUAGGGGCUGAUCCCCUGUCCGUGGUCCUCUUGACUUCUGUGUCUUUUCAUUUGGAAGCUCACUCAGCCGUCACAGGAAGCUGUGCCAAUGACGGGGUGCACAUUAUCAGGGGUACCGGCUUCUCUUCCACGCCUAUUGCUACCAUGUGUGGCGAUGAGAUCCUAGCGCCCGUCACCAUCAUGGGCCCCGUGUUGCUUAAUUUCUACUCAAAUGCACACAUCACAGACUUUGGAUUCAAGUUUUCCUAUAGGAUAAUCUCCUGUGGUGGCGUGUUCAACUUCUCCAGUGGGUUCAUCAGGAGUCCUGCCUAUUCAUAUACGGACUACCCAAAUGAUAUGCACUGUCUGUAUAACAUCACCGUUAGGGACAACAGAGUGAUCCAGCUCAAGUUCAAUGAUUUUGAUGUGGUUCCCUCUGCCUUCUGCUCCAAUGACUACCUGGCAAUUUAUGAUGGUUCUGACAUCAGUGAUCCCCUUCUUGGCAAAUUCUGUGGUUCUAAGCUCCCACCGAAUUUUAAGAGCACCAGUAACAGUAUGCUUUUGGUGUUCAAGACAGAUUCAUUUCAAACAGCAAGAGGAUGGAAGGUAUCUUUCCAGCAGACAUUGGGGCCUCAGCAAGGAUGUGGUGGUUAUCUGACAGGUUCAAAUAAUACAUUUGUCUCUCCUGAUUCUGAUUCCAAUGGAAGAUAUGACAAGAAUCUAAACUGCAUGUGGUUUAUAAUUGCACCUGUAAACAAACUCAUUAAACUCACCUUCAAUUCAUUUGCUCUGGAGGCAGCAAGUACUUUGCAAAGAUGCAUUUAUGAUUAUGUAAAGUUAUAUGAUGGAGAUAGUGAAAAUGCCAACUUGGCUGGAACAUUUUGUGGUUCCACCGUACCUGCUCCUUUUGUCUCUUCUGGUAACUUCCUUACGGUUCAAUUUGUCAGUGACCUAACUUUAGAAAGGGAAGGAUUUAAUGCUACAUAUACCAUCGUGGACAUGCCUUGUGGUGGAACUUAUAAUGCAACUUGGACCCCACAAAAUAUUUCCUCACCUAAUUUGUCAAACUCAGAUGUCCCAUUUUUCAUCUGUACUUGGGUCAUUGAAGCGCCUCCACAUCAGCAGGUCGAGAUAACGGUGUGGGCAUUCCAGCUGCACUCGCAAAACUGCGCACAGAAUUACCUAGAGUUUCAGGACUCACAGGAGAGUAAUGGAAACCGAAGAAUGCAGUUCUGUAGGGGAAAUGCUUCAGCAGUGCCAGCGUUUUAUUCUUCUACCAGAACUGCAAUUAUCAUUUUCAAAUCUGAAGUUUUAAACAGAAACUCUAGAAUGGGCUUUACCUUUAAGAUUGCAGGUUGCAACAGAGAAUAUAACAAAGGAUUUGGCAAUCUAAAGAGUCCUGGAUGGCCAGAAAAUUAUAGCAAUAACAUGAAUUGCACUAUUGUUCUCACGGCCCCAGAGAACCACUCCAUUUCCCUUUUUUUCCAUUCAUUUGCCAUCGAGGACUCAAGUGAAUGCAGAAACGAUUUCUUGGAGGUAAGAAACGGAAGUAAUAGCAGUUCACUAUUACUUGGCAAGUAUUGUGGAACUCUGCUGCCAAAUCCUGUCUUCUCCCAAAAUAAUAAACUAUACCUACGAUUUAAAAGUAAUAGUGCAAUUUCCAGUCGUGGAUAUGAAAUCAUCUGGACCUCAUCACCCUCCGGCUGCGGAGGAACUCUUUAUGGAGACAGCGGCUCGUUCACCAGCCCCGGCUAUCCAGGCACCUACCCAAACAACACUCACUGCGAAUGGGUCCUCACUGCUCCUGCUGGAAGGCCUGUCACUGUCAGCUUUUACUUUAUCAGCAUUGACGAUCCCGGAGACUGUGUCCAGAACUAUCUCAUCCUCUAUGAUGGACCAAAUGCUAAUUCUCCAUUCUCUGGACCAUAUUGUGGAGAAGACACUGAUAUAGCUCCCUUUGUGGCCUCCUCAAAUCGGGUCUUCAUAAAAUUUCAUGCUGAGCACGCAGCUCGUCCGUCCGCAUUCCAGUUAACUUGGGACAGCUAAAUGGGCAAGGCCGCGUGUCCAUUUGUCCCUAGGCUCUACUGCAGGGCCAUCAGACAUCACGCUGGACAGAAUGUCACCAUCCUAUACAUGACUCCUGCCUGUGCUACUGAGAAUAAGUCAGACAUUUAAGGUUUUCACCAAAGUAUUUGUGGAAUUGAUAUUUGUACAUUUGUGUUUUUUUGAGUAUAGGAUAGAGCUUCUUUAGUCUUGCCUGUGCGCAUUUUUACUUCUUAUAUUUGAACUGAAAAUUUUAAAAUUUCCUUGAGGAGUUGAAAAUGAUUAUGGCAUAUGUGAUGUAAAUUUUAAGAAGUUAAUGAUAAAAUGGAAGUAUGAUUUGCAGU